GUGGGGACAGGAUGUGAGGUUGAAAUGAAGUCAAUGUUGGGAUAAAUGUAUACAAACCGAGGGUCGGCCUUGCUGUAUACGAAGCCUUACAAUCGUGGACAAACACGAUAGAAAGCAAGCGCUCACGCUCGACAGGAACAAGCAGGAGGGUGGGUGAAGCAGGUCAGGCCUAAGACUCCCGUCUUUGCUCCGGAUCUUCAGGUUUCCGUUUUAGCUGGCCACAGGCUGAGGUCGGAAAACCUCCGGGCCUGCAGGGGGCGCCUGGCGCAGCGGAGCACGGUAGUCCUGGGCGGGGCCGGGGCUGCGCAGUCAUGAUCACUGCCGAGGCCGCGGCGGACUCCGCCGUCCCCUCGGUGCCCGGUACUGCGGUGGCUACCGUUGUCCCGGAGCGCGAGGAGCCAGCGUGGCCCUGGAAAGAUGCCCCGAUCCGGGCGCUGGUGCAGCGCAUCCACCAGUUGCAGGCUGAGCGCGCGCAGGCCUUCCGCCGGCUGGAGGAAGGCCACCUCCAGUACCUGCGAAGCGGCCCGCCCUACGACUUCCCGCGCUACCGGAGCACGGUGCACGAGGUGACCCAGGCCUUCGCGGCCGCCUCGCGAGAAGUGCUAGCGGUGGAGGCCGAGCUGGCCGGGCCCAGAGGGCAGCCGCUGCUCGCGAGCCACGUGCGCAGCCUGCAACAGCUGGAGCAGACUCACCUGGCCACGGUGGCCCUGCUGCAGCUGAUGGGGGCACCAGAGCUGUCUGGGCAGGAGAACACUCUGGAGAUGCACCAGCUGAAGAUGAAUCCCGAUCCGCUCUUGUAGGGUAAUUAAAACCAUGGAAGCAAUCAGCGAGGUUCUUCAGGACCUUAAGUUUGAUGCAGAAUCUGCCGACUGAUGGUGGCUCCCCAGGUACACGCCAAGGGACACAGGAAAUGGCGUGAAUGGCACCCAGCCCACCCCUGGACUGUCAGCUGGCUGGGGCACGCUCCACCAGGUUGCUGACUGCCCUUGAGUUUGCUGUGACUCCCACAAUAAAGGACCCUUCAUUUGCA